CGAGCUCUCAGUUCUCCGCCCCCUCCCUCCCUCCCCUCCUCCCUACUAUUCUUCUUGGGCUACGAGGACUUGUGGGGAUUCACUCGGUGGGAUGCGUCUAAGGUGAUGGGCUCUGAAGGAGAGGAGAUGGGGAAGAAGGACACUCCGACUCCUACUCCUCCAUCUCUUGCAGUCUCUCACUCACCCACACGCAGCUGCUCCCCUGGCCGCUGUGUCGAAUCUCUCCUCCCCGCCUCCUCCGAAAACACAAGCAACAACACAUCUCCAGAAGAGAGGAAGUGUGUGUGAAACCUUUCAAUUCUCGCACCAUCUCUAUUAUUCCAUCAGACAACCUCUUGCACAGCCAGAUCCCAGAUCUAGUGUUGGUAUUAAGUGCGUUGACCGUCGACCACGUCAACAGCCAUGAAGCGGCUCAGCAGCUCAGACUCUCUUAUGCCCAUCCGCCCGACCGGAGAAGAGAAGGGGGGGAUGUAUGGAAGGGGAUUCCAGCCCAUGAUGGACGGGCUGGACGAGGAGGAGUGCGGCGACGAGGAUCUGUGCUCCGGCAUGCAGGGCGGCGGCGGCGGCGGCGGCGAGAAGAAGCGCCGCCUGAGCGUGGAUCAAGUGAGGGCUUUGGAGAAGAAUUUCGAGUUGGAGAACAAAUUGGAGCCGGAGAGAAAGGUGAGGCUGGCCCAGGAGCUCGGCCUCCAGCCCCGGCAAGUCGCCGUCUGGUUCCAAAACCGGCGGGCCCGGUGGAAGACCAAGCAGCUGGAGCGCGACUACGCGGCCCUCAAGGCCAGCUACGAUGCCCUCCGCGCCGACUUCGACGCCCUCCAUCGCGACAAGGAGGCCCUCCUCGUUGAGAUCAAGGUGCUGAAGGAGAAGUUAGGAGAGGACGAAAGUCUGAGCCUGUCCUCGGUCAAAGAGGAGCCGGUGGUGUCGGAAUCCGAGAACAAGGCCUCGGAGGAGCCACCGGCGCCGGUGUGCAAGGACGGGUCGUCGGACAGCGACUCGAGCGCAGUCCUCAACGACGUCCUGAACGACGAGAAUAGCCCGCAUGAUCGCGGGAUGUCCUCGCUCGGAUUCGAGAACUCCCCAUCCUUCCCGUGCUCGCCGCCAUCAUUGCUGAAUUCCGACUCGAGGCAACCAAAGGGCGGAUUCUUCUUUCAACACCAGCUGCUAAAGAUGGAAGACGGCGGAUUUCUCGGUGGCGAGGAGCCAUGCUCUAGUUUCUUCUCAGAUGACCAUGCAGCCACUCUCAAUUGGUACUACCCCGAGCACUGGCCCUAAACGAAGGAUGGCGGCGGAGGAGGAAGACAAUAAUAAUAGUAUUGGAAGAAGAAGGUAGGGGGAGGUCUUUAAAAUUUUUGUAAAAUUGGAAAUGUAUGUAGCUUUUGGGAUGGGGUGCUCUGUGAUGAUGUACAAAAGCCUUUUUCCGGGUUGCAAAGGAAGAGAGACGAAAAAGGACGGGAAGGUGAGGAGGAAAGAGAGAGAGAGUGAGAAAGCUUGAUCUCUUUUUAUCUCAAAUAAAGAAUCCUUUUAAUAUUUUAGUAAAAUGAAUUUAAAAAAA